UGAAGUACGCGUCAAAACAUCGAGCAUGAUGCAGCGAAUUACCGUCCUGAUGACCGCUGCGGUCUGCCCAUUCUCCCUUUUGCGCCGCGUUGAUCGAACCUCUGUGCCCGUUAUCAUGUUGCACCGUGUGUCCCGCUCUGUCAUUGCCAGCCGCCCCGCGCGCGCUUUCUCCACGUCCUCUGUGGAGCGUGUACCGCUGUUCAUCGAUGGCAAGUUCGUGCAGUCCAAGACUGACAAGUGGAUCGACCUUCGCAACCCGGCGACGAACGAGGUGAUCUGCCAGGUCCCGGAGGCCACGCAGGAUGAGAUGCGCCAAGCCACGGAAGCUGCUGCUCGUGCCUACAAGACGUGGAAGGAGGUGGGCGUACAGCACCGUCAGCGCGUCAUGCUCAAGCUGCAGCACCUGAUUCGCGAGCACACAGAGGAGCUCGCCUUGUCCAUCACUAACGAACAGGGCAAGACCCUCGCUGACGCUCGUGGCGACGUCUUCCGUGGUUUGGAAGUUGUGGAGCACACGUGUGGAGCUGCUACGCUCAUGAUGGGCGAGACGGCUGAGAACCUGGCCACGUCCCUGGACACGUACUCGUACAAGCAGCCGCUGGGAGUGUGUGCUGGUAUCUGUCCGUUCAACUUCCCAGCCAUGAUUCCGCUCUGGAUGUUCCCCACCGGCACCGUGACCGGUAACACGUAUGUACUCAAGCCUUCGGAGAAGGACCCUGGUGCCACAAUGAUUCUUGCUCGUCUGGCUCAAGAAGCGGGUCUUCCGGACGGAGUUCUCAACAUCAUUCACGGUGCUCAUGACACUGUCAACUUCAUCUGCGAUGCUCCGGAGAUCAAGGCCAUUUCGUUUGUGGGCGGCAAUCAGGCUGGAGAGUACAUUCACUCUCGUGGCAGCGCUAACGGCAAGCGUGUGCAGGCCAAUCUGGGAGCCAAGAACCACGCUGUCAUUAUGCCUGAUUGCGACAAGGAGCAGGCUGUUGGCGCUCUUGCUGGCGCUGCGUUCGGAGCUGCUGGUCAACGAUGCAUGGCUCUGUCAGUCGUGGUGUUUGUCGGCAAGUCCAAGGAAUGGGUGCACGACAUCGUACAGAAGGCCAAGGAAAUGAAGGUGAACGGCGGCCUGGAGCCUGGAACUGAUGUCGGUCCUCUGAUCACAGUGGCGGCGAAGGAGCGAGCAGAGCGUCUGAUCCAAGAGGGUGUGGACAAUGGAGCUGAGCUGCUACUAGAUGGACGCAACGUCAAGGUUCCCAAGUACCCGAACGGUAACUUUGUGGGCCCUACUGUGCUGAACAACGUGGGCACUGACAACCCUGCGUACGUGGAAGAGAUCUUCGCUCCUGUACUGGUCUGCACGUCCGUAGACACGCUGGAAGAAGCGAUCGAGCUCAUCAACCGCAACCCGUACGGCAACGGCACUUCGAUCUUCACGUCUUCGGGUGCUGCCGCUCGCAAGUUCCAACACGAAAUCGAUGUGGGUCAGGUCGGUAUCAACGUGCCGAUCCCCGUCCCUCUGCCCAUGUUCUCGUUCACUGGCUCGCGUGCAUCGAUCCGUGGCGACCUGAACUUCUACGGCAAGGCUGGUAUCAACUUCUACACGCAGAUCAAGACGGUCACGUCGCUGUGGGACUACAACGAGAAGACCCGCUACAGCGCUGUGAUGCCCACGCUCGGCCAGAAGUAAAACAACCCAACCAGACUGUCAGUAAGUGAGUGAAUCAUGAAAUAAAUGGACUGACACUCGAC